CCGCCUCGCCGUGAUGACGUCAGCGCUGACGCGUUCAUUCAGCGUCGAGUCUUCAGAGCUGAGCUCUGCCGCCAUCAGUGAAAGACAAAGACAGAGUUUAUUGAAGGACAGUGAGAAGAUGAGUGAUCCAGAACCCUGCAGAAUUAAACAGGAAGAGACUGAAGAAAAAAUAGAUGUGAUGGUGAACAGUGAAGAACUGAGUAAAGAUGAGGAGAAACAUCAUGUCAGAAGUGAAACCCAAACUCAGUCAAAGACUGUACGUAGUUUUUCAAUGAAGAGGACAGCCGUGAAAUGUUUCACCUGCACUCUGUGUGGAAAGGGUUUCAGUUAUAAUCGCCCUUUCAAGCUUCACAUGAUGAUCCACACUGGAGAGAGACCGUACAAGUGUUCACACUGCGACAAAAGAUUCAGUCAGUUUGGACACUUGAAAUCACACGAGAUGAUCCACACUGGAGAGAAACCGUACACGUGUGAUCAAUGCAGCAACACAUUCCUGAGGCCUUCAGACUUGAAGAUCCAUCUUAGAGUUCAUACAAACGAGAAACCUUACUCAUGCCCUGAGUGUGGAAAGCGUUUUGCACAGCACGCACAUCUAAAACUGCAUCAGCAUGUCCACACUGGUGUCAGAGAGUUUGUGUGCUUUGAGUGUGAGAAGACUUUUAUUACAGCUGGACACUUGAAGCAGCACCAGAUGAUCCACACAGGAGAGAAACCGUACACGUGUUCACACUGCAGCAAAACAUUCAGUCAUAUAGGACACAUGAACGCACAUGAGCGGGUUCACACUGGAGAGAAACCGUUCGCAUGCACUCAUUGUGGGAAGAGUUUCAGAGUUUCAUCCUCCCUGAAUUCACACAUGCUGACGCACACUGGAGAGAAAACGCACAAGUGUGAUCAGUGUGGCAAAUCGUUUUUGAGGCGUUCACAUCUGAACAGACAUCGUAGUGUUCAUACGAAAGAAAAGCCUCCUUCUUGUUCAUUAAGAAAGAGUUUUAGACGUUGAUUAACUUUUAUCUUCCAACCAUUUAUUACAAACUUAUUGAUACACAUCAGUUUUCGCCAUUAAAUUAUGCGAAUGUCAAUGAAUUCCGAUCGUUUGCUAAUAGGGAAUUGUACCCGAUUAGGGAUGCAUGGUUAAGCUGCGGUCACACUGGACUUUUUUCCCCACAGACUUCAAUUCAUACGCACGCCAAUGCAUCAGACUGGAUACGCAAGGUCGUGCAUCAAGUUUCGCAGUUCACUGCUGAGCAAAGUUCAAGCUUGGCGAACUCUGACCUGCGAAAUCACAUCACUUGACUGUGUGAGACCAAUCGACAAGGCCGGAUUAACCAAUGGGCCUUAUGGGCGCAGGCCCAGGGGCCCGUGCGCACUAGGGGCCCCUGCGAGGGGGGAGAAAAAAGGCAAUUUCAGAGUGUCUUUUUAGACUAAUUGCAAAUAGCGCAUCUUGUUGGAAUAAGCUAUUCAGGGUUUAUGACCAUCGAUGCCUGAUUGAUUGAGACAAGAUGAGUAAAGAGCGAU